CGGCGCUUCGAUAAGAACGCGCUGAUAGAACAAUUUCGCAACGAAGCGCUUCAAGACCCGAGGUAUAAAAGUACGCUUCCACGUCGUGAGACGCUACGAUUCUCUCAAGCACGUUGACCCAACAUGAGCCGAUUUUUCCUCUUCGUGUUGUUAAUAUGCGCCGUUUCAACCGCGUAUCCAUGUAUUAUAAAGGACAAGGGAAAAUCGGAUAUUCGAGUGAUCGAUAUAGAAGAUUUCAGCACAAACGAUUCCAAUUCCGACGAAUAUUCGGAUAUUCUGACUUUACAUCUCCCGGACAAAGGAAACAAAAAACAAACUGGUAGUCAAAAAGGGAAAGGUCACUGCAAAAAAGAUGAAGAUUGCGACUCAAAUUCAAUUUGUUUAGCAAAUACUAUCUGCGUAAAGGGAACACGGCGAAAUUUAGAUUCUCUGGAAACGAACACUAACCAAUUAAAAUUUCGACGAUGCAAUAAGGAUCAACAAUGUCCUCACGUCUCCGCACAUGAUGACAGUUAUGCCGAUAAAAUUUUUAUAGAGUAACCUCGUUUUCCGCGAACAAUAAACGCGUUUGCAUCAAUCGAAUGAUUGAUUUCCCAUCAUCGCCCAUAUCCAGCGGAUAUCUGUUUGCUUAUCUGUAUUUCGUGCGCCGAAAUUUCCCACACUGCACAUCCAUCCAUUGUCGACGCAUGAAUAUAACAUAAACCCGAAAAUAUCGAACAUUUAAUGGCGGCCCGACCGCGGACGCUAGCCUGUGUAGUAAAGCGGUUAAGUUACAUUUUACAUGCGGAUUCGUAACGUCAACGCAGAGAGAUACGAUCGACGUUGGCGUAAAAGCCCGCUUUUCCCCUCUCCCUCAAAAAACAAACAGCAUCGCCGAGGAAACAUAUGGCGCCGUACGAUCGGGACUCAUUAACGGCGAGAGAAGAGGAGAAAUACGAGAGAGAAACUGUAAGAAAAGAGGAAGCUUAGCCCUCUCGCCGUAAAUUUAGCAGGAACAACCGCUUUCGUCUGCAAGCACUGCUUGCAACCCCACCGUAACCACUGCUUGCAACCCCGGUCGAAACAGUGCGACGUCGUUGAAAAACCUUACUACGCAUUAGAUUUACACUCGAAAUCAAUUAGCUCCUAAUUGAUGAGUCGACGCGACACGCUCGAGUAUUGUUUUAUCGAGAAACUUUUGGAUAUUGGCGACGUGCCGACCGUAAAAACUAAUACCGAUAUCGCUUGGGAAAUUCUUGUCAGCACGAAAGAUUUUAUGUAGAAAGAACUAUUGUGAUAUAUAAACGACAAUAGAUAGUAUAUAGGUGACGGUUGUAUCGAUAAAAUGUCAUAACGAAUUAUAAAGUAACGAAGUAAUGUAAAAUAAAUAAAUCGCAU